GUCACUUUAAAGGCGCUUUCCUACCCAUGAUGCUUUGUGGGGACGUUGACAAGUGGAUCCAAGAUGGCGUAGAAAGUAAUGACAGGAAUCGGAUGAAGUCAUUGAUCACUAAUGAACUACAGUGCUGGUGAGAUGUGUAAGAAAUUAUAAAGAGCUCUGAUGGGCUAUUUGGGUGUUACCCAGUGCAGUGAACUGCAGGAUUUUUGUUCCUGAGUCAUGGAAGACAGCAGAGCUGAAAAGUCAUGUGAACAAGCGUGCGAAUCACUGAAGAGGCAGGACUAUGAGAUGGCCCUCAAGCACUGCACAGAGGCCCUCCUUUCUCUCAGCCAGUCCUCCAUGGCUGAGGUCCCAGGGCCAUGCCCAGUGGAGAUAGAGCGCAUCAAGAUGGAGAGUCUUCUCUACAGAAUUGCCUCAUUUUUGCAACUGAAAAACUAUGGGCAAGCUGAUGAAGAUUGUAGGCAUGUGCUGGGAGAAGGACUGGCCAAGGGAGAAGGCGCCUUUCGGGCAAUGCUUUGUUGCAUGCAGCUGAAAGGGAAGCUCCAGCUCGUCUCUGCUGUCCUCGCCAAGUCUCUGACUGGAGAGUCCCUGAAUGGGAUGGUAACAAAAGAUCUGACAAGACUAAAAACACUUCUCACAGAAACAGAGACAGCAACUAGUAACGUCCUCUCUGGAUAUCACGUGGAAGACUUAGAUGAGGGGUCUUGCAAUGCUUGGCAUUUCCGCCCACCACCUCGGGGAAUCACGAGCAGCGAGGAAUAUACUCUGUGUAAAAGGUUUUUAGAGCAAGGAAUCUGUAGGUAUGGUGCCCAGUGUACUUCAGCACAUUCCCAGGAAGAACUAGCAGAAUGGCAGAAGAGAUACGCGUCACGAUUGAUCAAACUGAAACAGCAAAAUGAGAAUAAACAGCUCUCAGGCAGUUACGUGGAGACCUUAAUAGAAAAGUGGAUGAAUUCGUUAUCUCCUGAGAAAGUGCUUAGUGAGUGUAUAGAAGGGGUGAAGGUUGAACAUGAUCCUGACCUGUCCGUUACGGUCAGCACCAAAAAAUCCCACCAGACAUGGACCUUUGCACUCACUUGUAAGCCUGCAAGAAUGCUGUAUCGUGUAGCAUUGCUUUAUGAUGCUCAUCGUCCUCAUUUUAGUAUCAUUGCAAUAUCUGCCGGAGAUAGUACUACCCAGGUAUCACAAGAAGUCCCAGAAAACUGUCAAGAAUGGAUAGGAGGAAAGAUGGCCCAAAAUGGAUUAGAUCAUUACGUGUAUAAAGUCGGGAUAGCAUUUAACACAGAAAUAUUUGGAACUUUUCGCCAAACCAUAGUUUUCGACUUUGGAUUGGAACCAGUACUCAUGCAAAGAGUAAUGAUUGAUGCAGCUUCUACAGAAGAUCUUGAAUAUCUGAUGCAUGCAAAGCAGCAGCUGGUAACCACAGCCAAGCGCUGGGACUCUUCUUCUAAGACUAUCAUAGAUUUUGAACCUAAUGAGACUACUGAUUUGGAGAAGAGCCUUCUUGUCAGAUACCAGAUUCCACUGUCUGCUGACCAGCUGUUUACCCAGUCCGUUUUAGACAAAUCCUUAACCAAGAUCAACUAUCAGUCACGGUUGCAUGACCUCCUGUAUAUUGAGGAGAUAGCCCAGUACAAGGAAGUCAGCAAGUUCAACCUAAAAGUGCAGUUGCAAAUUCUAGCAAGCUUCAUGCUCACUGGAGUUUCUGGAGGGGCAAAGUAUGCUCAGGAUGGACAACUUUUCGGUCGUUUUAAGCUUACUGAAACACUUUCUGAAGAUACUUUGGCUGGACGACUGGUGAUGACCAAAGUCAAUGCCGUUUACUUAUUGCCAGUCCCUGAUGAGAAGUUAGUACAGACCCAGGGAACCAAAGAGAAGGUUUUUGAAGCUACUAUUGAAGAAAAAACAAAGGAAUAUAUAUUUCUGAGGCUAUCCAGGGAAUGCUGUGAAGAACUUCAUCUCCGGCCUGACUGUGACACACAGGUUGAACUUCAGUUUCAGUUAAAUCGAUUGCCUCUCUGUGAAAUGCAUUAUGCACUAGACAGGAUCAAGGACAAUGGGGUUUUGUUUCCAGACAUCAGUAUGACUCCUACGAUACCGUGGAGUCCCAACAGACAGUGGGAUGAACAGUUGGACCCUCGACUAAAUGCAAAGCAGAAAGAGGCUGUUCUGGCCAUUACCACUCCACUUUCAAUACAGCUGCCACCUGUUCUAAUCAUCGGACCCUACGGGACAGGCAAAACCUUCACUCUCGCUCAGGCCGUCAAGCACAUACUGCAGCAGCAGGAGACUAGCAGGAUUCUCAUUUGCACCCAUUCUAAUAGUGCUGCUGAUCUCUACAUAAAGGAUUAUUUACAUCCAUAUGUAGAAGCAGGCAAUCCCCAGGCAAGACCUCUCAGGGUAUAUUUCAGAAAUCGCUGGGUGAAGACUGUCCACCCAGUUGUGCAUCAGUACUGUUUGAUCUCAAGCGCACAUUCCACCUUUCAGAUGCCACAGAAGGAAGAUAUUCUUAAACACCGAGUGGUGGUUGUUACAUUGAAUACUUCCCAGUACCUCUGUCAAUUGGACCUUGAACCUGGGUUUUUUACGCAUAUUCUAUUAGAUGAAGCUGCCCAGGCCAUGGAGUGUGAAACCAUUAUGCCUCUAGCAUUAGCAACUAAAAACACUCGGAUUGUCUUGGCUGGUGAUCACAUGCAGCUCAGUCCUUUUGUUUACAGCGAGUUUGCCAGGGAGAGAAACCUUCAUGUUUCGUUACUUGAUCGACUCUAUGAGCAUUACCCUGCUGAGUUUCCAUGUAGGAUCCUCCUGUGCGAGAACUACCGCUCCCAUGAAGCUAUCAUCAAUUACACUUCUGAGCUUUUCUAUGAGGGUAAACUGAUGGCCAGUGGGAAGCAGCCAGCACAUAAGGAUUUCUACCCAUUGACUUUCUUUACAGCACGAGGGGAGGACGUACAAGAGAAAAACAGCACAGCUUUUUACAAUAAUGCAGAGGUAUUUGAGGUGGUGGAACGUGUGGAAGAGUUAAGAAGGAAGUGGCCAGUGGCGUGGGGGAAGCUGGAUGAUGGCAGCAUUGGUGUGGUGACUCCAUACGCUGAUCAGGUGUUUAGAAUCCGUGCUGAACUUCGAAAAAAGAGAUUAUCCGAUGUUAAUGUGGAAAGGGUGCUCAAUGUUCAAGGAAAGCAGUUCAGAGUUUUGUUUCUUAGCACAGUACGUACAAGACAUACUUGUAAACAUAAACAGACACCAAUUAAAAAGAAAGAGCAACUUCUGGAAGAUUCCACAGAGGACUUAGAUUAUGGUUUUUUAUCUAACUACAAGCUUCUCAAUACUGCCAUCACGAGAGCACAGUCCCUGGUUGCUGUGGUGGGUGAUCCCAUUGCUCUGUGCUCUAUUGGAAGAUGCAGGAAAUUCUGGGAGCGUUUUAUUGCGCUGUGCCACGAAAACAACAGCCUGCAUGGGAUCACUUCUGAGCAGAUCAAGGCUCAGCUGGAGGCUCUAGAACUGAAGAAGACAUACGUGUUGAACCCGCUGGCCCCGGAGUUUGUCCCCCGGGCUCUCCGACUGCAGCAUUCGGGCAGCAUCAGCAAACAGCCGCAGUCACCACCCAAGGGGAAAAGCCUCCAUCAUACGCAGAAUGAUCAUUUCCAGAGUGAUGGGAUUGUUCAGCCCAAUCCUUCCGUACUUAUUGGCAAUCCUAUUAGAGCAUUUACUCCUCCACCCCCUCUUGGACCUCACCCAAAUUUGGGAAAAUCUCCAAGCCCCGUUCAAAGAAUAGAUCCUCACACUGGGACGAGUAUUCUUUAUGUACCUGCUGUCUAUGGAGGGAAUGUAGUUAUGUCGGUGCCUUUACCUGUACCAUGGACAGGAUACCAGGGUAGGUUUGCAGUUGAUCCUCGAAUUAUUACCCAUCAGGCAGCAAUGGCCUACAAUAUGAACCUACUACAGACACAUGGACGGGGCUCUCCUAUACCUUAUGGCCUUGGACAUCACCCUCCUGUCAGCAUAGGGCAGCCACAAAAUCAGCAUCCAGAGAAGGAUCAGCACGAGCAGAAUCGAAACGGUAAGAGUGAUACAAACAAUCCUGGACCUGAAAUUAAUAAGAUUCGAACACCAGAGAAAAAGCCUACAGAGCCAAAGCAGGUUGAUUUGGAAUCAAAUCCACAGAACAGAAGUCCAGAAUCGCGUCCUGGUGUUGUCUAUCCCAAUACCAAAUUUCCUCGCAAAGAUAAUCUCAACCCCAGACACAUAAAUCUUCCUCUUCCCACUCCCCAUGCACAGUAUGCAAUCCCUAAUCGCCACUUUCAUCCCCUUCCCCAGCUACCGAGACCCCCGUUUCCAAUUCCGCAGCAGCACACCUUGUUAAAUCAGCAGCAGGGUAGUUUGCCUGAGCAGCCCAAUCAGAUGCCACCCCAGCCCAGUCAGCUCGCCCAGCAGCAGAGCCCGCUGGACCCGCAGAGCCAGCAGCCAGCUCCUCAGCUCUCCCCCGCCUAUCAGCCAGGGCCCAGUACUGCUUUCUUCAGCGCUGCCGCUGCGCAGCGACCCCCGUCGCCUCCCGCAGAGGCUGUGCUGCCCGAGCAGCAGCCCCCUCCCCUGCUGCACGGAGGCCACAGCCCUCUCAGAGCCAUUGCCCAGCCUGGCCCCAUGCUGCCUCCACACCUGAAUAACUUCAUGGAGGAGAACCCUCCAGGACUGCCUUUAGGGGAGGCUCUAGAUCGUAUCCAUGGGAGUGUAGCUCUGGAGACACUGAGGCAGCAGCAAGCACGGUUACAGCAGUGGAACGAGCAUCACGCCUUCCUUAGUCAGGGCAGCAUUGCAUACCCACACCAUCACCACCCUCACCUCCAACACCUUCCUCAGCCGUCCAUCGGAUUACAUCAACCACCCGUGAGGCCAGACUGGAAGGGCCCCAGCGGUGCCGAAGAAGCAGCCGAGACGACGUACACCAGGUUUCAAGACUUACUCAGAGAGCUGUCCCAUCGUGAGCAGAGUGAGACACGGGAACUAGCUGAAAUGCCCCCACCUCAGUCGAGACUUCUGCAAUACAGACAAGUCCAGACCAGAAGCCCACCAGCAGCCCCCUCUCCCCCAUCCAGUACAGACCACAGUGGCCACUUUUCUAACUUUAAUGACAACAGCAGAGACCUUGAAGUAGCCAACAGCCCAGCAUUUCCGCAGCGCCUCCCACCCCAGAUGUUCAGCUCGCCUUUCUCCCUGCCUUCAGAACACCUGGCCCCUCCCCCCUUGAAGUACCUAGCACCUGAUGGAGCAUGGACUUUUGCUAAUUUGCAACAGAAUCACCUAAUAGGGCCGAGCUUUCCCUAUGGCCUACCUCCGUUGCCUCACCGGCCACCACAAAACCCUUUUGUACAAAUCCAGAAUCAUCAGCAUGCUAUCGGUCAAGAGCCUUUUCACCCAUUGUCAUCUCGAACAGUAUCUUCUUCUUCGCUCCCUAGCUUAGAAGAGUAUGAGCCCAGAGGACCCGGUCGGCCCUUGUACCAAAGAAGAAUCUCAUCUAGCUCAGUCCAGCCUUGUUCUGAAGAAGGAAGCGCCGCUCGGGACAGUCUGGCUCAGUGCAAAGAGCUCCAGGACCAUGCUAACCCAGCUUCUUUCAACUUCUCUUCCCCGGAGUCCUGGGUCAACGCCACCUCAUCUGCCCCUUACCAGAACAUUCCGUGCAAUGGAUCCAGCAGGACAACCCAGCCCAGAGAGUUGAUAGCUCCACCCAAGCCCGCCAAGCCCCCUGAGGAGCCGGCCGAGCCCGAGAGCCUCGAGGUGUCCAGCCCCUUCAACUACAGCGUGCUGCAGCACCUCGGCCAGUUCCCGCCGCUGCUGCCGCACAAGCAGGUGGCCGAGGCGGCGGGCGUCGGCCCACAGAGCGCAGCGGCCAGCAAGCCAGCCAUGUCCUACGCCAGCGCCCUGCGCGCCCCGCCCAAGCCGCGGCCGCCGCCCGAGCAGGCCAAGAAGAGCAGCGACCCGCUGUCCCUGUUCCAGGAACUGAGCCUGGGCAGCGCGUCGGGCGGCAACGGCUUCUACUCCUACUUUAAAUAGGCGCUGGUCUCCUGCCGGGAGGGCUUGCGUUUGUACCUGUAGAGGUAAGGUAGUGGGACUCCCCGUAGACGCACCGUUCCCUUUGUUUUACUACCCGACAUGUCCUCACUUAAUUGCUUUGCUGCUAGACUUGCAACUAAUUUUUUAAAAGUAUAUUCCAUUAUUUUGCAUUUUUUGAUGUGAGUCAGAAUUUUGACAGCUUUUAUGUAGAAUAAAAAAUAUUUUUAAAUUUGUGUAUGGUUACAUAUGUUUGCAUCAAGCUAGCAGCUAAGAGGUUAAUUGUGCAACUAUUAAAAAAAAGAAAAAAAGUUUGUCUAAAAUGUAUUUAAAAAGAAAAAAAAUUGUAAGUAGCAUUUACAUUUAUUCAAUAAUAUUACCACAUGCUGGGUUUCUGUACCAGAAAUGGCCAGUUGAUGUACAAAUGUAUGUUAUUUUUGCUUAAAUUCAUUUAAAAUUUUUUAAAAUAAAGGGGCAGCAUCUUCUAAAUACUUUUAAGUUUUAUCAGCUUUUUUUUUUUUUUUUGGUGACAGGCUGCUACACUCUAAGACUUCGGUGGUUUUAGACUGUGUGCGCUUGCCGUUGCAGCCUCCAUCCUCCACAGGAUAGAGUCCAAGGCAUUCUUUGCAGGUGUAUUUCACAUGCCACUGAUUUUUUGAGACACACACGCAAAAAAACAGUGGCAUCCUUAGUUAUUUUUUGGACAAGCUGUACUUCAAGCUUGUUUUUAAUGUUAAUUUGAUAGUGUGGUUUUUUUUUUAAACAAAUCAUGAAGCUGAAAAAUUUUUAGGAUUGUUGGUGCUUAGUAGACUUGAUAACUAUUUUAAAAAAAAAUGCGUGAAUUUAGUAAAAUCCUCUUUGUUUUUCCUCACUAUGCAUGUGUAAAUGUGUGUAACCCGGCUUUCCCUCCUCCUCCACUGGUAUCAAAAAUUGUGCCGCUUUAAGGUUUGGGGUUUUUUUGUUUUUUUUUUUUUUCUUCCUCCAGUAAAAAAUUUUGGUACCUUAUUUGAUGUUUACAUUAAAAUGUGACAUUAUACAUGGCAAUUCAAAUAUUUUGCUAGCUGUUUUGUUUGAGGAACAUCAUUAAAGAAGAAAUGCAGUGUUUGUAAAAAAUAUAUCAAAAUUCAUUGAAAUCUGGGGCAAAAAAGCUACCCUUGUUUCUCAAGUCUUUUCGAUUCUUCUUAAAAUACCAUUAUUGAGCUUGUACGAAAAUAUAAAAUUGAAAUAGCUAUCUUAAAUAUUCUGCAGCCUCAAAAUUGUUUUGAGUGAACUUUGGGAAAAAUCCAGAGGAAAAUGUUUACCUCGUGAUCUUGACACACGUGUAAUGGUGUGUGUCCCUGACACUUUCCUGGCCCGUUAGUACUGCUUUUGUGUUUCAGAGAGCUGGAAACCCCGUCUCAUCUUCCCUUCUGUUGGGGAAGUUGAGGCUGGGCAGCACUUGGAGAAGCCAGCCUUCCUCAUGGUCCACGCAAACACUGAGAUUUGGAAGACUGCCUUUCGGUAGGCCCUCCUCCACUCAGAGCCCAGUGUUCAAACCACGUGGGAAGUGGCAAGGGCAGAGGAACAGCUCCCGUUCCUCCUGCGACUGGAGCCCAGUUCCCGUGGGCCAGCGCAGCCCCUCCGGCGUUUCGGGACACGAGAUCUGUGUGUGUCUGGAGAGCCCCAGGUGGCUGUGAGAGAUGUUGCUCUGCCUAACUGUAGUCAGAAGAAAAACAUCUGCCCUGGGCCUGUGUGUUUCCAAGUCUAUGGCAAAGCCCCAGGCGUGGGUCUCCUGAUGGUGGGACGUCUACAAUAAGUAAUUGAUCCCUUCCCACCUCCAGAUACGAAGGUAAUUCACAAAGGUUAGCAGAAAAAUGGCAUCAAACAAUAAGUUCAUUUUGAUGCACCAAAAUUUUGAAAUCCCUGGAUAGUGCUUUUUCAUAGUGCACAUUGUCCAUGAACUUGAUGAAGACUCCUCACUUACAGAACUGCAACACAAGCUAAAGAGAUGUUCAGAAGCUUCUCAUACUCUGAAGACAAAAAUCAUGCGGCCAAGAGUGGUCAGGUAAACCCGUGCUGUAGGUUAUGACUGAAUUUUCUGUUUCGCAUACUUGAGCCUUUAAAAACAAAAUCAGGUUUUCAGUUACAUGUAUCUAGGCAGGGAGUACCUUGUAUAAAUACCCUGAUGGAAGAUGGAUGUUUUAGAUAAGGAAGGUGUCAGGGUGGCAGGACAGCCUCAUUCUCAGCCCAUGUUUUUGCAACACUAGACAGUAAUAGCUCCUUACUGGUCCCCUGCUCCGCUCGGCUCUGAGCUUCUCAUCUCCUGUUGUUUCCGUAGCCAGUCAAGGAGUCCAGUGUUGUUUCUGUCUGUUACUCUUUCUGGAUUCUGGAUUCCUCAGCAUUUCCUGGUGCCAUUCUUCUAGAGCCGUGCUUUUAGGCAUCGGAUAUAGAGGCAUGGUAUCCCACAGUGGUUCUGAGCAAGUCCCUACUGUGUAAGAAGCCUCCAUUGAAAUAAGGCAUGGCUUCUGGGUACUUUAUGCUCUUUGGGUAGUAUGUGGGUAGUAUUGGCAAGAACCCAUAAAUCAAACUUAACAAAACAUACCUUAUUUCACAUUUUAUAUAAAAGGUUCAAUCUUAGAGCUCAGAUAGAAUUCUUCUAUAUAUAUUCCUAAAGAAAAAUUGAUGAUAAUUCUCAAAUAAUACCAAUUAUUACCAACUUCCUUUUCUUCCAGAAGAGAUU